ACCCACCACCCCAGAACCCCCCUCACCUCCCUCCCUUAUCAUCUUCUUCUUCUUUGUCUUCUCCAAAGAAUCCGGCUGCGGCGAUGAAAAUUCAGUGCGAUGUGUGCGAGAAAGCCCCGGCGACGGUGAUAUGCUGCGCGGACGAGGCGGCACUGUGCGCCAGAUGUGACGUGGAAGUGCACGCUGCUAAUAAACUGGCCAGCAAGCACCACCGCCUUGUUCUUGAAUCUCUCUCCAACAAGCUCCCUCGUUGUGAUAUCUGCCAGGACAAGGCGGCUUUCAUCUUCUGCGUGGAAGACAGGGCGCUGUUCUGUCAGGAUUGUGAUGACUCAAUUCACUCACCCAAUACCCUCUCCGCCAACCACCAGAGGUUCCUCGCCACCGGAAUCCGUGUUGCCUUGAGCUCCGCUUGUGCCAAGGACGCUGAAGCUAGCAACUUAGACCCACCACCCAAUCAUACUUCUUCAAAACUCCCUUCUUCUGCUGCCUUCUCCUCCUCCUCUCCUUGGGGUGUUGAUGACUUGCUUCAAUUAUCUGACUUUGAAACUUCUGAUAAGAAAGAGUCGAUUGAGUUUGGAGAGCUUGAGUGGAUAGCAGACAUGGGUCUUUUUGGUGAACAGUUUCCACAGGAGCCUUUGGCAGCCGCCGAAGUACCUCAGCUUCCAGUAUCACAAUCGAGCAACUAUACAUCAUACAGACCCCCGAAAUCAAGCAGUCCGUAUAAGAAGCCUCGGAUUGAAAUCCCAGAUGAUGAUGAUGAGCAUUUCACUGUUCCUGAUCUUGGCAUAUUUUAGGCAUGUAUCAACUUGAUGGAUUAGUUGAUAGGUUGAAGUAUGUAUUUUUAUACCUUAAGUGAGUACAUACUGAUAUGUAUUGAUGUAUGUAUGAAAUAAUUUAUGAUGCACUUCAUGAUUUUAAGAUCAUGAGGUAGUAAAUUUUCUACCUUAGGGGCUUCUCCUUUCUGUUUUCUCUUAUUGGAUGCAUAUCUAAUCUGUAAUCUUGCCUGCUUGGCAAUAACUCAAUACGGCCUUAUAAUGAAAGAUAUAUAUGUGCCUGUUAUGAAAUACCCAACUGACAGGUAA